CCUCAACAUGCGUCAGAAAGCUGCAUUAUAUUCCGAAUACUGUCUGGUGGGCUUUCAUGUCAGUUUUACAUUAGAUAUCCCAAACAAAUAAAAAGGUCCAACGGUUACACCACUGUAGCGCUCAUCGAGGCCAAGAACUUUCCAAUAAGAAAGGGGGGCGGAAACUUUGAUACUGUAAAAACCAGUCUCAACAACAGUGACCCAGACCUGUCCUCGUCCAAACUUGCCUCGUGGUCACCUCGUCGUCAGCAUGGGGAGCAUUGGAAGACUUUCGUCCAAAGGAACUGUGCUGUUGCUUUGUGACAUGCAGGAAAAAUUCCGUCCAACUAUUUUCCAGUUCAACAACAUUGUGAGCAACGCAGCUAGAGUGCUGCAGGCUUGUCGGGCUCUCGGCAUCCCUCCCAUUGUAACAGAGCAGUACCCCAAAGGGCUGGGUCCCACUGUGCCAGAGCUGGGGGCCUCAGACCUGAAGCCUCACGCUAAGACCAAGUUCUCCAUGCUGAUUGAGGAGGUGCAGAGUGAGCUAAAGACACUUGGGGACCCCAAGAAGGCCAUCCUGUGUGGGAUUGAGGCUCAAGCUUGCAUUGCGUGCACAACCUUUGACCUCCUGGACAGAGGCAUAGAGGUGCAUAUUGUGGCAGACGCUGUGUCCUCCCGGAGUCAGACGGACCGGUUGUUUGCACUGUCUCGUCUGAAGCAGAGUGGGGCUUUUCUCACCACAACUGAGGGAUUGCUGCUGCAGCUGGUGGAGGAUGCGAAGCAUCCCAACUUCAAAGAGAUCCAGAAGCUGCUGGCCCACCCCUCCCCUGACACAGGCCUGGUGUCCUUCUUCAGCGCCAUGUGAGGAGCAGGGAGUGGACAGGGCUGGUUUCACAACAAGUGCGUUCCACUUCGUUUUGAUGUAUGCACUCAACAAUAAAACCUGUUUGGUGAGAGCUGGAUCAAAAAAAAUGUGAUUCUUGUAAGCAGACAAGUCUGUUUCAGUUCAGAAUUAUUUCCAUUGCAUUCUUGUAAAUUUUAAGAGAUGUGCAGUCUAAUAUUCAUCUAAUAAAAGAA